ACAGGAGAUGACCAGAGACUGCGGACAUACUACAGGAGAAGACCAGAGACUGCGGACAUAGUACAGGAGAUGACCAGGGACCGCGGACAUAGUACAGGAGAUGACCAGAGACUGCGGACAAAGUACAGGAAAUGACCAGAGACUGCAGACACAGUACAGGAGAUGACCAGAGACUGUGGACACAGUACAGGAGAUGACCAGAGACUGCGGACACAGUACAGGAGAUGACCAGAGACUGCGGACAAAGUACAGGCGAUGACCAGAGACUGUAGACACAGUACAGGAGAUGACCAGAGACUGCGGACACAGUACAGG